AUGGCUGUAAAUUCACGUGGAAUAUCCCUUUUAGAUGCCCGUUGUUGUGAUAUACAAAAUCAAAAUAAACAACAAAUUUUAUUCGAAAUUGAAUUUAUUGAAUUGGCAAAUAUUGGAUAUGGAAGAUCAAAACAUGAAGGGGCUGAUGCUAUAUUUAUUAGUUUAUUAAAUGGUGAUCGGUAUACUUUUCAAUCGCCUUUAGCUAGAGAAUUGUCACAUUUAUUAUUACAUAUCUUAAAAAGUCUUCAUCAAAAUUCAAUUUAUGCUGUAGCAGUAAAAGAUUACAAUCAUUGUACUGUCCAACACAAAAUGCAGUCUUUAGAAAAUUGUUUUAAUAAUUAUUUUUUAAUUCAAAAUUCCUUUCAAUUUUAG